CGCUUCUCCCGCUCCCCGCAGCCUUACUUUUUUGUAACCUUUCUGACGUAGUACUACCACCAAGGCGCCAGCGCACCCGCUAGAUCAAAGCACACUUUCACAAAACACGGCGUUUAGCCUUUUUUACCUGGAAAUUCCGGUUUCAUUCUUUCAAAAUGUUGCUGACAUGGAUGUACUUUACAGUGAUGCUUUUUAGCUGCGUCAAUAUCAUCAUGCAGAUGUAUUUUACUGUCAUGUAUUCGGACCUCAAGGAUGACUUUAUUAAUCCCAUCGACUUGUGUAAAAAAGUAAACCGUUUCGUUCUUCCAGACAUGCUGCUCCAUGCCCUUGGUUCGUUCAUUCUUUUGUUCUCCGGAGCAUGGUUCAGUUUCUUGCUGAACACUCCUCUUCUUGCCUGGAACGUUUCUUUGAUUCUGGGCGGCAUGCACUUGCAUGACAGCACCACCAUUUUCAAAGAUCUUUCUGCACACCAAAAGAGAAGCUUCUUCAGACUGUUUUGCUACACUGUCGACUUUUUCAUGUACCUCUUCCUUUUCGUGCAGUGUCUUGUCAACGAAUAAAGGGCAGGCCGCUCACUCUUGGUCUCCUAAAGCUCGUUUUGGUGGAUUCAUUGUUCAUACAAGUUAUGUUUUGUUAUCACACACAGUUUCCAGUGUUUUACUAGUUGGCCGUUGUUAUGUUUACCGGUAAAUAAUAAGCUGCUCCCUUCAAACAUGUUAGGUGACAUGACUUAGAGUUUGCAGGCGAAAGGCUGUGAUGCACGUGUAGAUACGUGCGCUGCAUCAAUACACUUGGUUGCUUGGAUCCGACUGCCGUAAAAGGAGAAAACAAAAAAAAUAGUAGUGUAGUAAAGACAAGUGCAAUGGAUUGGAUUGUAAUGAAGUGAAGCG